AACAACUAUAUUAAAAGUAGCAGAUGGUCAAAACUUUGUUCCUAUUAUAAAAUGCAGAACUUUGAUCUCAAGAAUUGUCAAGAUUUUAUAGAAUCUGCAAUGAAUGCUUCAAAGAGAAAUGCUAUAUAUUUAAAGUCGUACGUAUAAUAGAAGAUUUGUGGUCAUAUAUAAAACCGUAACGCAAGCGACAAACCUUAUUGACAUGUUCAAACAGGGAAGUCAACAUUUUAUUUAUUAAUCUUUCAAUUUUGCCCACACUUGUCUCUCCCUAAAACAGCCAAAAAUAUUGUCAUGAAGACGGUUAUGAAAAAAAAAAGAAGAAAAAGAUUCAAUAAUUCUUUCCUAUUAACGUAAAAACAGGGGGAAAAGAGAAGUUUUUUUUUGUUGUUAGCUUGUGACAGUUGUGAGUGUGAAGCUAAGGUGAGGGGUUUGAGUGUUAGCUGGCUUUCUUGUUGUUUACUGUCAUUCUUUAGCCAAAUUGGUUCGGCAAAACACAUAAGAAGAAAAGGGCAAAUUCUUGGUGAUGCAAGAAAUUUAACUCAUCAUUUGUUUGUGUUUAAAAUUGGUUAUUUAAGAUGGUUAAAUUGGCCUGUUUUGGUGGCCAGUGUGUAGGUGGAGAAUCUUCUUCAAGCUCUGGUAGAGGAAAAAGCCACGAGGGUAAUAUAAAGUAUGGUUUCAGCCUAGUGAAGGGGAAGGCUGAUCAUCCGAUGGAAGAUUACCAUGUUGCAAAAUUUGUACAGAUAGAAGAACACGAGCUUGGCUUAUUUGCAAUUUAUGAUGGUCAUUUGGGGGAUGAUGUUCCUUCUUAUCUGCAAAAACAUCUGUUUGCCAAAAUCUUAGAGGAGGAGGAGUUUUGGGUAGAUCCACGCCAAGCAAUCACAAAAGCCUAUGAAAAAAUUGACCAGACAAUACUUUCAAAUAGUUCUAAUUUGGGCCGAGGUGGGUCCACUGCUGUCACUGCUAUACUGAUAAAUGGCCUAAGAUUGUGGGUAGCUAAUGUGGGAGAUUCACGAGCUGUUCUUUCUCGGGGUGGUCAAGCUAUUCAGAUGACAAUAGAUCACGAACCAAAUACAGAACGAGGCAGCAUUGAGGACCGAGGAGGUUUUGUCUCAAAUAUGCCAGGGGAUGUUGCAAGGGUGAACGGGCAGCUAGCUGUUUCUCGUGCUUUCGGGGAUAAGAGUCUUAAAUCACAUUUGCGAUCAGAUCCAGACAUUCUCGAUAUCUACGUUGAUGUCAAUUGUGACAUUCUUGUCCUUGCAAGUGAUGGCCUCUGGAAGGUGAUGUCUAAUCAAGAGGCAGUCGAUAUAGCUAGAAGAAUUAAAGAUCCCCAGAAAGCAGCCAAGCAAUUAAUAGCUGAAGCGUUGAAGAGAGACAGCAAAGAUGAUAUAUCUUGUGUCGUCGUCAGAUUUAGGGUAUCGAAUUUGACCGCUUGAGCGAAGCUUGCGAGAAGGCUGGUGGAAUCAAAUGAC